AGAAGCAGGAAGUUAACGGGAAAAGGUCAUAUGUGAAACGACGACAGGAUCUCGUGAAAAAGAUGGGCUUUCACUUGUCAGAAAUGGAUAUUUAUCACUAGGAGUCAAGCGGGACCAUCUAAAAAGUCAGUCUUUUAUCUUAAGUGAAAUUAAAGCAAAGUGGCAGUAGCUGUAACGGGCACAAAGGAAACUUUAAUUGCAUAGAUAGAAACUAGGCGGCCAGUUUGCAAAUAAGAAAGAAAAACGGAACUGAAGAUGUUCGAGAAUUUCAGAGAAAGGUUGCAGACGGCGCAUCAAGAUUUUACUACUGGGAUAAAGACGCUGAGUGACAAAUCGAAGGAGGCCAAAAUAAAGAAGAAUCAGAGGAGAGAAGACAAUCUUCCACAUUUUUCAGCUGGAGUAGAACUACUCAGCCGGUAUGAAGACACUUGGGUGACUCUCCACAAAAAAACGAAAGAAUGUGCUAAAGUAGCAGAGGCAGCUGACGGGGAGGUGGUCAUGCUCUCUGCCCAUUGGGAGAGGAGACGGGCUGCGCUGGUGGAGCUACAGGAGCAGCUGCAGCAGAUCCCUGCCUUCCUCACCGAUCUGAAGUCCAUGACGUCGCGCAUUGCGCACCUGGAGGGGGACUUUGAGGAGAUGGAGAGCCGUUUGCUGCUCCUGGAGGACCUGUGCAGCCAGUGUGAGCAGCAGCGCAUGAAACACUGCCAGAUGCUGCAGCUGGAGAACUAUAAGAAGAAGAAGAGGAAAGAGCUGGAGUCCCUCAAAGCGGAGCUGGAUGCUGAGCAUGCCCAGAAGGUUCUGGAGAUGGAGCACGCUCAACAGGCCAAGCUGAAGGAGAGACAGAAGUUCUUUGAAGAGGCGUUCCAGCAGGACAUGGAGCAGUACCUCUCCACAGGGUACCUGCAGAUUGGUGAAAGGAGAGAGCCUAUAGGAAGCAUGUCAUCCAUGGAGGUGAAUGUGGACAUGCUGGAGCAGAUGGAUUUAAUGGACGUGUCUGACCAGGAGGCCCUGGAUGUCUUUUUGAAUUCGGGAGGAGAGGAGAACAGCGCCGCCUCACCAGUGAUGGGUUCGGACCAGGACUCGCCCCCCUCGGAGAUCACGCUGCAGGUGCCCACGCAGGCCGAGCUGCGGCACAAGCUCUCCUCCGUCUCCUCCGCCUGCAGCGACUCGGCCAGCCAGGGGAGCAGCCCGGGGGCCAGCCAGGGGAGCAGCCAGGGGAGCAGCGACUCGCCCCUGGUGCAGUCGGACGAGGAGGAGGUGCAGGUGGACACCGCUCUGGCGGUGCUGCCCGAGACGGAGCCGCUCAAGAACUCUGACGACAGCGACUCGCAGGCCACAUAGAGCACCGCACGGGGACGGACUGUAUGAACUGGGCCCCGGCCACACUGAGGAACAAACAGCAGCCAUUUUACUUCUCCCCCAACCCCCGUUUUUUUUUUAAAGGAUAUUCCCUCUUGUACCACUUUAGUUACUAUAGUUACCCCUUCACCAAAAAAAUUAAGACAAACUUUUUUCCCUCCAUGUUUGCCUUUUUGUGUAUGGCAGCAAUCAUUCGGUGGUGUAUUAAGUCUUUGAUAAAUGAGUGCGACAAGUACAUAGUCUCAUUCAAUGCAAUAUGGCUAAUCUGCUUUUUACAGUUCACUUUGAACAUGCGCUUGACUUGUUCACCCAAGCAGAAAAGUGGAUGCGAAAUGGCAACUUUAUACUGAGCUUGGAUCAAGUUUUACUGCAGAAUACCAUGAAGGAAGGGUUCUUGAGCCUGCUCUCUCCAACAGUGUGGCCAGAAGAUUCAACUGCAGUGUUACAGGCAAUUUGAUGGACACAAUUGUCUAAGGGAUAUAGCCAUUUAUUUACUACUUUCCCAGAACGUAUAAAUGCACUGCCAUACUGCAGAUGCAAGUUGAAUUUAGCUUGUGUUCCUUGCUGCUUUGUAUAUCCAUUUAAUGGAAAGGUAUUCAAAUAGAAAUUCAGAACAUUCAGUACAAUUACCAGUACGAAGUGUUAAAAAUGAAGCUUACUUUUUGUUUGCUGCACACGUCAAUAAACGACUACUUGCUUUCAGA